AUUACAUUAAGUAUUGUAAAUAUAUAUUCUUUUACAAGUCAUCAAAUUAAUGAUAUCAAUAACAUUAAAAAUAUGUCUAUAGUAAAUGAUAUGGAAUUAAUGACAGUAUCAGAAGAAUUAUUUAAAAAAUCUCCUAAUUUACUUAAUUAUGUGCACAUAAAUUAUCAAAACCAAAUAUAUUUUAAUAAUUUUACUGAUAAUGCUUCUGAGAGGUUGUUAAAUGUAUCAUUUAAUAUUUUUUCAAUAUUAACAAUAAAAUCUCUUAUAAAAUUAUUUAAUAAUUAUGAAUUAGAUACUUAUCAAUCAGAAGUUGUAACAAAGGAAGAAGAUCUAGAAGAAAAUGAAUUUAUUAACAAUUUAAUGAAAACAGAUAUAAUGUUAUAUGUCAUGCAUUUUUUAUCAUCCAAAGGUUUCUUUAAAAAUGACAUAUACAUUCAUAAAAACAUUUUGAAGCAAAUAUGGUUUCAUUUAUAUCCUCGAAGUAAAGGAAUAACUGUUCUGGAUAGUUCUGGAUUUGAACAUGUAUUUAUAGGAGAAAGAAAAUCGCAUAAAAAUAUUAUAGGACUCCAUAAUUGGAUUUUCUUUUUUUAUGGAGAAUCAUCAAAUAAAAUUAAUUAUUUUGGAUUUGCUAAUAAUAAAAAAAUUGCUAAUAAAGCAAUCAUCUUAGAAAUAUAUUUCACUUAUAUUGGAAAAUAUAAAAAAUCAAGUAUGUUUAUUGGAACAACUCCAGAAUUGGAAAUAGCACUUUAUACACUCUGUUUUUUUACAAGACCAAAUAAAAAAUGUAAAUUAUCUUUUGCGGGAAUUAAAUUUGAUAUUCAAACAUAUAUGUUACAAAAUAAUGGUUUAAAAUUUAUUGCAACUGCUUUUCCUAUUGCAAAAUAGGAUAUUAUUUUAAAAUAUUAUUUUGAAUUAAAAUAUU